UGAUCGUCAUCAACACUCGCCCCAGCCAGUGCCUCUCAAAACUAAAGGGAACAAAAAAAAAAAAAAAAGAAUUGGAACCACGCAACAUCCAUGACUGGAGUAGCUGGUUUUUCAACUUGUUUAAUGAGACUCCGUGGCACUGUGACUGUAGCUGUAGGUUAACGAACCAGCACAUUUAAAAGCAAAGAGUGACAACCAGCUAAAAACGAACUGCGAAUUUAGCUAACAUUAACAGAAGAAGCUAACAAUAAUAAGCCAACUUGGCGCGUUUGUGGAUGAAGGGCAUUAUUUACUUCUACCGAUGAACAAAAUGGACUGCGGUGCCACUGACGUGCCCUCUUAUGACUCUUCAGCCCUGUUAUAGACCAGCGACCUGCCCAGGUUGAAUCCCGCCUCUCGGCCAAAGUCAGCUGGGAUUGGCUCCAGCUCCCCCGUGACCCUCUCGGGAUAAGCAGUGUAGAUACAGUAAUGGAUAGAAUAAAAAAAUUUCUGAAAGGAAAGGAAAGCUUGAGCUCUGACAAUGACGUGCCUCUCUCAAAACUCCUGACAAGGCCACACGCUGCUGAAGACUCCUCAGAUGAUGAGCCACAGCUAAAUAUGAAAACAACCUCAACACCUGCAAAUAAACCUGAGAAAAAAGAAAAUGCAUCAUCCAGGUCUAAUGGCACAAAUAAGAUUGCAGAUGCUAGCUUUCACAAGGGCCCUCUGAUUAAGAUAGCCAGAGUGUCUUCCCAAGAUGUAAAGAAGCCUUNGCUGAUUUCUCCAAAAAAAUCUGUUGAUAAAAAUAAACAGGAUCCUCAGUUGCUUCGAGGAGGUCAUGGUUAUUGCAUGUUAUCACAAACUUCUGAUGACUCCUCAGAUGAUGAGCCACUGAUAAAGAGGAAAACCUCUGCACUGACUAAGACACCAGAGAAACAAGAAAAAAAAUCAUCCAGGUCUAAUGGCACAAAUAAUAGGGAUGCAGCUUUAUGUAAUCUGAACACAGAUGGUAGCUCUGACAACGAGCCUCUCAUUAAGAUUGCCAGAGUGUCUUCCAAAGCUGCAAAGAAGCCUUUGUCGGUGACUCCAAAGAAAUUUGUUGAUAAAAAUAAAAAAGAAUCACCGGAUGAUGAUAGUUCAGACGAACCUCUGAGUGAAAUUUCCAAGAAACUUCAGUCACAACAUCAGAGAAAGGCAUCUGGCAUGCCAUCCAGAAAAGCAGCCCAGGUUAUGAAAUCCAGAAGGAAUGCAGCAAGAAAAAUUGUAACAUAUGCAGAGUCUUCCAGUGAUGACUGGGAUGAUGAACCACUGGCAACAAUAAAGAUGAAGAGGACAAAGGCUACUAAGGAGCAAAAGGCUUCAGCAAACAACAAGAAAACAAAAACAAAACCUGCGGACAAAUCAUCAAAAGACUCUUCCUCAGAGAACAGUUCAGAUGAUGAUGAUGAUGUGCCCCUGGUUAACCUCAUUGCCAAGAAGAUUGAACCAGUGAAGAAAAAUGCAAAGAAGACACCUGUGUCACAACACAGUGCAUCAAAAAAGAGACGUGGACCCUCUAAUGAAAGCUCAGAUGAUGAACCCUUGAUCGGUACCAUGAAGAAGAAACGUAGAGACAAUCAAACAAAAACCAAAAAAGGGGACACAACUCUGAAAAAGCCAAAGACGACGCUCAUGUCAAGUAAAGACUCUGGUAAAGACUUAUCAAGCAGCAGUUCAAAUGAUGAGUCCUCAACCAAAGCGGCUAAACACCCACAAGUGACCAAAAUGGUGAGAAUAAUAUUAGAGAGGUGUGAUGGUGAAGACGCUUUGCCAACAGGAAGCUUGAACAAAACCAGCACAGAAACACAGAUCACUGAACAUCCAACAAAAGAUGACUCUGAGGGUUUGGAGGUAUCGUCAGAAGAGGAAUAAGCAGAUGAAGCUUUAUAAUGUGAUGGGGCGGUUCUUUACUGUAAAUUUUCAGCUUCUGGACUGGGAGGUUAGUGGCUCCAGGUUUGAAGAGCUUUCCAUGGUGUCUACAUCAAAGCACUUAAUGUUUGUGUGAAGUUCAACUUUGUGUUUUAUAGGCAUACAUGUUAAUUUAAAGUGAUAGUAUUUUUACUCCAGUUUUUAAUUUUGGGACCAAAUUGUACAGGUUCCUGAAGGAUUUUAUGAAUUCAUUUAUGUUAUUUUAAUAUUUGUGCCUAUUGUUUGUAUUUGCUGUUUCCUCUGGGUUUUACAUUUUGAGGGAAUAAUUGAACACUCGUUGAUGUAAGUUACAAUUCUGCUUUCAGAUUAAGUGUGAAGUCUACAUGCAAAAUCUGUUGUGUUGGAUUAAACUGCAUUCACUGUGAAAAUGUUUAUCA